UUGGGUUUCCAAAGAAUCCUACCCAUUGAGGUGGCUUAUCACUCAUCAGCGCCGUCAAACAGGGCGAGAAUCUCAAAGCAGGAACCGCCAUUAUUAUCGAGGCAAAGAAGCAGAUGAGUAGCCGAGAACAAGGCGAAGGUAUCGAGACGGGGAGACGGAGAGGGAGAAGGAGGGAACCGGGCCGCCGGUGGAUGGAUUCGCCUUCCCCUCCAGACGUCGAUUUAACGUCGAAGCUUCUUGGAGGUCUCAAUUUGAUCGGGAACGCCCCCGAUAAGGAUAUGGACGAAAUGGAUCUAUGGACGGUGGUUCCAGACUCUGCGGAUAGAUUGAAAAUGACAUCCCAAUCUGGAUCUUCUGCUGCUAAUGCAGAGACUGGUAGAGGAUUUGGGGUGGCGCUGCCUGAGAAAAAAGUGCAUGCAAGGAAGGGUCGGUCUUGUCGAACCAGGGUUUCAGGCUUAACUGAUCAUUUGAGCAGGGGCAAUUCACAAGAUAAGGCUGAACAUCAGUUUGGACAACCAAGUUUGGCAGCCUUGACACAAGAUGAGGCUGAACACCUGUUUGGACGAGCAAGUUUGGCGUGUUUGAUGUCUGAGGACCUCAAAGAUAAAAUUUCCCCUCCCACGGGUGGCACAUCCUUUGAGCAUGAGCAAGAUAGGGUCGUCAAUGGGAAUGAAAUGAGCUUCAGCCCUUCUGCUUGUUUCCAUUCUUCUGUGCGAAGAGAUACGAGGAAGAAUACUGAUAAAGAAUGGUAUCUCCUUGACAAUGAGGGUAUCCUGAAAGGUGAAGGUUGCGGUUAUUUUAACUCUGGAGCAGGUCUUUCAAAAACAUCUGUGAGUUUCUGUGAGGAAGAGCGGGUUGGUAUACUAGUUGGAGGUAAUGUUCGAUCAAAGUUAGCAGAUAAAGGGAAGGGCAUUGAAUCAAGUGCCAAUUCAAGGGGCAUAUCAGUGCAACCACAAUCAAGAACAUUUCUUCCUGGCUUGUCUUGGAAGAAUGAAGGGAGAAAAACUCUGGUGCAUGGUGGUCUUACGUCUCCACACAGUAUUACAAAGGCCAAAAACUCACCUGUACUUGAUGGCAGUAAUGGAAUUGAUUCCUCUUUUGACAGAGAUCCUAGAAGCGACAAUGACAUUGUCGAUGAAGGGGUGGGUUAUGAUUCAGACCUAAGAAAUGGACAAUUGUGUCAGACGCAGAUCGAAGUGGAUGGUUUGUCACAAAGAAACAGGCAAAGAAGGCUGUUGCAUAGUGGUUUUAUUUCUUUUUGUGAUGUUGGAGGAAAUGAUUGCAAUGAUGGUUCAGAUGGGAGUUCCUCGCAGAUAGUGAUUCCUGAUUCUGAAGAAGGGUCUGUUGGUAAAAAGAAAGGAAAAACAAUAAUACAUGAUAAUGUGGCAGAUCACUUGCAACAUACCAAAGAUAAAGCUCGAUCAAAUAGACAUUGCUCAGUGUCCAAUAAGGAGGUUGGUACAAAUUCUGGUGGUCAUCCUCUUAGAUUGUCGGCUGAUAAAGGCUGGAGGAUGGCACUUGAUUCUAUUGCACAAACGACUACAUUAUUAUCUGAAGAUAAUAUUGAUGUUCCCAAGAGAAAGCACAUCAUGUAUAUUGAUGAUGAUAGUCCUGAAGUAACUACCUCUCGUUCACGGUACAACAAGCCUAACAUAAGACAGCCAACUUCUAAUGUAGUUUCAGGGGACAGAAACCAUAGACGGUACAAGAUGAUGAAAGGUAAGAGGAAAAACAACUUUCUUCAUACUCAAGAUGGUGAAUGCUCUAGCUCAGCUAUUGAGGAUUCAGAAGUUUUACUCGUGGAGUCUGUAGUACCCUCAAAUCAGAAAUCAACCAGAAUUAGGGGUUCUCGAAGACAUGGUGGAACUUUAUUGGGACCCGUCAUAGAAAUUGAUGAGCUGGAUUUUCCUGAAGGAGCAAACAGUAACUCAGAAGAACAAAGCCACAGAUCUUUUUAUGAUUCUAGUGCAACAGCUAGGCAGGUUGAAUCGGACGAGAUAUUGGCUCGUCAAUUGCAAGAGCAACUUUUUAACGAAUUACCAGACUUUGAUGCAUCUGAAGAGAUUGAUGCAACUAUAGCAAUGGCGUUGCAACAUGAAGAGGAUUCAAGUAGACUUGCAAGGCGAGGUCAAGCACAUCCUAGAGACUUCUCAAUGGCUCAUUUAUAUGCCCAGUGUCCACAAGUGGCCUCAAGAAACUCCUUAGGGCGAACAACGGUCCGGGAUCGAGCAACACCAAGUCGAAUGUCACAUUUGAGGAGGCGUUUUAAUCGCUCUUCUUCAGAUAGGUAUAACUUCGUGAAUGUAUUGGAAGCUGAAUUCAACAGCAGAAGUGGCUUGUCAACAUCACCUGGUGUUUUACCAUAUCAACAUGAAUUUAAUGGGAGUGACUAUGAAAUGCUGUUGUCCCUUGAUGAUAACAAUCGUCAUGCUGGUGCUUCUCAAAGGCAACUUGACAACUUGCCAGAAUCAAUAGUGCAUCAGAGUGAUAAUAUCGAAGAAGCUUGUGCAAUCUGCCUUGAGAUACCCACAACCGGGGAAACUAUCCGUCACUUACCAUGCCUGCACAAGUUUCACAAAGAUUGCAUCGAUAAAUGGCUUAGAAGGAAGACCUUCUGCCCUGUUUGCAAGUCCGGCAUCACUUAAACAGGCUUAUAGAAGUUUCGCAAGCUGCUCAAAAAUUUCUUGAUUUUUGAGAUUGUAUAUUGAGGACACUGUUUAAAGAAAAUCCAUAGUGAAUCUGCCAUUUUUUGUCUGGCAUCUAUUGUUCAGUUACGCCCAUUUGUUGUUAGAUCUUUGUUGGCAUUUCACAAAUCCUUCUAGUCUAAUGCUAAAUGCUCAUGUUAUUUCACUAUUAUCAUAUAUUUAAUUAUUUAUAGGUGGUGUUAAGGGGAACAAUCCUUUUUUGUAUGGUAAGUGAAAGCUAUAUUGAAUGUAUUGAAUGAACAAGCUCUUUCAAAC